AUGGCGCAAAACUUUUAUCUACUCUGUUCUCUCUUGAUGGGCUUGGGCAUGACGAUGGCAAGCUACAUUCCACAUGGCCACAGCGUUGGAUACAGCGUGCAAACGCAUCACGAGGUGCCAACCAAGUGGCACAGUGGAUCAGUGGACCAUGCUUGGAAUCCAGCUCAGCUGGAGAAGCAGUGGGCGCCACAGCAGCACUGGGCUCCGCAGCAGCAUUGGGCGCCACAUCACGAGGAGCCCACCCAUCACCCUAAAUAUCAGUUCGACUAUGGCGUCAAGGACACUAAAACGGGCGACAUCAAGCAGCAGUGGGAGUCCCGCGAUGGCGAUAAGGUGAAGGGAGGCUAUACCAUGAAAGAGGCCGAUGGACGCACGCGCGUGGUUGAAUACACCGCCGAUGCUCACAAUGGCUUCAAUGCGGUGGUCAAGCACAUCGGGCAUGCUUACCACCAGGAGCACCAGGGGAGCCAGCAUUUCAAUUACGGACAUGGCCACGGACACGGCCAUGCCAGCAGCUAUGUGGAGGUGAAGCAGGAUACUGGAGACAAGAAAUGGUGGUAA